AUGCAUUUUCUUGUACCAAAAUCCAUCAAUUUACUUCUUUUCUCAUCCCUAAUCCUCCUUUCUCAAGAUCCCAUCUCAGCCCAAGACCUAGUCUUCAAAGUCUGUUCGUCGGAAACGUUAAAUUACACUUCCGGGAGCCAAUUCGAAACUAAUCUCAACCAUCUACUCCCUUUGUUAUCCCCCGAUGGGCCCAUCAAUCUCAAUGGCUACUACAAUGAAACCUAUGGUGAAGACCCCAUCAUCUACGGCUAUUCUCAGUGCAUGUCUGGUGUAAAUGAAACAGAAUGCAAAGAAUGCCUCAAAAAUUCAACAGUUGGGAUAAUCAGUCAGUGUUCCAACAGAAAGGAAGCCGUUCUCCGAUACUACCAGUGCAUUUUACGUUACUCGUACCGUCCGUUCUUCUCCCAAAGCGACAGUAGCAUUCAGGCACAGAUUAUAUUAACUCUGAAUACCUCAACCUCAACCAUGUUUAAUCUGAAUUUAGGUGGUCUGAUGACAGGUCUGGCAUCUGAGGCUGGUUCAAAGCCGUCCAAAUUCGCUACUGGGAACAUCUCUAUGAAUGACUUCGAGACUAUAUAUGGUCUGGCCCAGUGCACUAGAGAUACACUGGAUGGCGAUUGCACCAAAUGUCUAAAUGAGAUGAUUAGCGAUAUUGCCGCAUGUUGUGGGAACAAAAAAGGAGGAAAUAUUUAUAGCGUGAGUUGUAACAUAAGGUAUGAUCCAUAUCUUUUCUUCAAUGAUUCGCUGGAGAUAUUUCCACCACCACCACCAAUUGCAACUGGAGCUCCUCUACCUCCUUCAGAGCAUGUUGACAAAACGGAUGAUGUUUAUAGCAGAAAACCUGACCAUCAGCUACAUGGAUGGAAAAGCUCAGAUGUCCAAGAAGAGUUUGGUUACUCUUUGGAGAAUUCUUGA